AUGAAGUAUGAAUCUGAGGGUCUUGUACCUAAGAAUGUCCUUUCAAGCUACCUUAAGCUCAACUACACCCCAGAGGUAGUGGAAGCAGCGAACACCACCACCUUUAACUGCCACAUGAAUUACACCAACCAGACGCAGGUGCUGGUGCCGAGCUUUGACUCUCGCCUCUACAUGCUGUGCUUCCUUCCUGCCAUCGUGCUGCUGGUGUUCGUCCCCGACCUCAAAUACCUGGCUCCUCUCUCUCUGGUGGCCAACAUACUGAUGACUCUCAGCCUCAUGCUCAUCUACUUCUACUCGCUCACGAACAUCCAGUACCCCAUCGACCUCCCUAAAGUUGGAAGACUCAAAGACUAUCCUCUCUUCUUCGGGACGGCCAUCUUCGCCUUUGAGGGAAUCGGAGUGGUUCUUCCUCUGGAGAACAAGAUGAACCGGCCUCAGAGCUUCAUCCCUGUUUUAUAUUUGGGGAUGGGCAUCGUCACCUUCCUCUACAUCACCCUCGGCACCAUCGGGUAUUUGUGCUUCGGAGACACCAUCGGAGGAAGCAUCACCCUCAACCUGCCAAACUGCUG